ACAAAAAAACACUACCUUACUACAAACAAAAUCCACCUCUCAUUUUCUCAAUUUGAGAAAAAACAACAACAAAUAUAUACAAGAAGAUGAGCAGGCAAGGAGACUGGAUGUGCGGCGCGUGCCAGCACCUGAACUUCUCGAAGCGGGACUCGUGCCAGCGGUGCGGGUGCCCUAAAUAUGCCGGAGCAGCCGAGGCGGCUGCCUACGCAACCGCAUUGCACAAGAGCGAAGUUUUGGCGGGAGACUGGUAUUGCGCGGCCAUGAACUGCGGCGCACACAACUACGCUAGCCGCACCAGCUGCUACCGAUGCUGCGCCUCCAAAGACUAUUGCGGUUAUUCCACCGGAAUCAUGGCCCCCGGCUGGAAAACCGGCGACUGGAUCUGCUCCAGAAUUGGAUGUGGCAUGCAUAAUUAUGCUAGCAGAAUGGAGUGCUAUAAAUGCCAGACACCUAAAGAUUAUGGAGGUGCAAUGUGAUGUGAUGAUCGUCACUGGAUCACAUGACUAAGCUAGUGACUGCAACUCUCUUUUUUUUUCUUGAUUUUUGCCUUUGUUUUUCUUCUUUUGAUAGUAGGAUUUUGUCUUCAAAUGUUUCAUCCAAAAAUGUAUGCUAGCUGCUACAUGUUUCUGGCAUGGAUGGAUUGUUAGUGAAAUCUCUUCACCUUUUCCUCCA